CCGGGCCCUCGGCCCUGUUCGCGGGGCUGCAAGACCUGGGCGUGGCCAACGGCGAGGACCUGAAGGAGACGCUGACCAAUUGCACGGAGCCCCUGAAGGCCAUUGAGCAGUUCCAGACGGAGAACGGCGUGCUCCUGCCCUCCCUGCAGUCUGCCCUGCCCUUCCUGGACCUCCACGGGACGCCACGGCUGGAGUUCCACCAGUCGGUGUUCGACGAGCUGCGGGACAAGCUGCUGGAGAGGGUGUCCGCCAUCGCCCUGGAGGGGAAGGCGGAGGAAAGGUACAAGAAACUGGAGGAGCUGCUGGAGAAGAGCUUUUCUCUGGUGAAGAUGCCGUCGCUGCAGCCCGUGGUCAUGUGCGUCAUGAAACACCUGCCCAAGGUCCCUGAGAAAAAGUUGAAGCUGGUGAUGGCCGACAAGGAGCUCUACCGCGCCUGCGCUGUGGAGGUGAAGCGGCAGAUCUGGCAGGACAACCAGGCGCUGUUUGGGGACGAGGUGUCCCCGCUGCUGCGACAGUACACCCUGGAGAAGGAGGCAGCGCUCUUCAGCAGCGAGCUCUCCGUGCUGCACAACUUCUUCAGCCCCUCCCCCAAGACCCGGCGCCAGGGCGAGGUGGUGCAGAAGCUGACGCAGAUGGUGGGCAAGAACGUGAAGUUGUACGACAUGGUGCUCCAGUUUCUGCGCACGCUGUUCCUGCGCACACGCAACGUGCACUACUGCACGCUGCGGGCCGAGCUGCUCAUGUCCCUGCACGACCUCGACGUCAGCGACAUCUGCACCGUGGACCCCUGCCACAAGUUCACCUGGUGCCUGGACGCCUGCAUCCGAGAGCGGUUCGUGGACAGCAAGCGAGCGAGGGAGCUGCAGGGCUUUCUGGAUGGCGUGAAGAAGGGGCAAGAGCAGGUUCUGGGGGACCUGUCCAUGAUCUUGUGCGACCCCUUUGCCAUCAACACGCUCUCCCUGAGUGUCAUCAGACAUCUACAGGAGCUGGUUGGCCAGGAGACGCUGCCUAGGGACAGCCCCGACUUGCUGCUGCUGCUCCGGCUGCUGUCACUGGGCCAGGGCGCCUGGGACAUGAUCGACAGCCAGGUCUUCAAGGAGCCCAAGAUGGAGGCAGAGCUGGUCACCAGAUUCCUGCCGACGCUCAUGUCCUUGGUGGUGGACGACCACACCUUCAACGUGGACCAGAAGCUGCCGGCCGAGGAGAGGGCCCCGGCGGCCUACCCCAGCUCGCUCCCCGAGAGCUUCACCAAGUUCCUGCAGGAGCAGCGCAUGGCCUGCGAGGUGGGGCUCUACUAUGUGCUGCACACGGCCAAGCAGAGGAACAAGAGUGCCCUGCUGCGUUUGCUGCCAGGUCUCGCGGAGACCUUCGGGGACCUGGCGUUCGGCGACAUUUUCCUGCACCUGCUGGUCGGGAGCCUGGCCCUGUUGGCAGACGAGUUCUCGUUGGAGGAUUUCUGCACCAGCCUGUUUGAUGGCUUCCUCCUCACGGCCUCUCCAAGGAAGGAGAACGUGCACCGGCAUGUGCUGCGGCUGCUGCUGCACCUGCACCACCGUGUGGCCCCUGCCCGCCUCGAGGCUCUGCAGCGGGCCCUGGAGCCCACAGGCCAGAGCGGGGAGGCUGUGAAGGAGCUGUACCUGCAACUGGGCCAGAAGCUGGAGCAGCGUGACCCCCGAAAGUCCAGCCCAGCACCUGAGGCCGAGCCACCCGCCCUGGAGCUGCCUCUGCCCCCCGUGUCUGCCCUGGCAGGGCAGUGAGGCCCGACAUGCCCUCCGAGCCUGGCAGGUGGAAGCUUCACCUGCUUUUUGCUGCUGGCCACCCCCACAGUGCUGGCUCCAGCCAGGAGCGUGUGGUCGUCAGGCUGGACCUGCUAGCUCAGCCCACUGUUUGUGGAACCCCUGGUGGCUGAGGGGGUGCUGUGACCCUGCCACUGGGGGACAGUGUUGGGCUUGGCCAGCCUGGGCCCCUCUCAGGUCUGCGACAGAGACUGCACUGGCUUAAGGCCUGACCUGGAUGUUGUGACCGGUGGGGGCUCAGCCCCUGGCUCAGUGGAGCUGGCCCCUCCCACCCCCUCCGUGGGUGAGAGGAGACUGUAAAUAAAAAGCAUUUUGUAAAGUC